AUGAGGGACAGCUACGGUUCCUAUAGCGUGACUCUCCAACAAUUGGAUGACUUGUUGGAAAGUAGAGAUGUGUUAGCUCUCAGAGAAUUGGGAGGUUCUGAAGGUCUUGCUAACGCUUUAAAUACUGAUCUUAGAAAAGGUAUUCACUUCGCUGAAGAAGCUGACAGACAAGAACAAUUUGGUAAGAAUGAAUAUCCAAAGAAACCUAUGGUACCUUUGUGGAAACUCUUCCUUGAAGCUAUUCAAGAUCCACUUCUUAUUGUUUUAUUAGUAUUAGCUGUUGUCUCUAUCGUUUUGGGUGUUGCUUUCCCAGAAAGAGAAGAAGACAGACCAUUCGGUUGGAUUGAAGGUUUUGCCAUUGUUUUGGCCGUUUUAAUUGUUUCCACUGUUGCCUCUGUUAACGAUUGGCAAAAGGAACGUAAAUUCAGAGAAUUAUCAAAGGAAAGCGAAGACAUCAAAAUUAAAGUUGUCCGUGAUGGUGAAACAAGUACUGUACAAAUUGGUCAAAUUGUAGUUGGUGAUAUUGUUGAAAUUGAACAAGGUGAUCAAGUCCCAGCUGAUGGUGUUAUUUGUGAAUAUCACGAUUUGAAGACUGAUGAAUCUGUAAUGACUGGUGAAACUGAUCUUAUCAAGAAGAAUGACGAAGCUCCAUUCCUUCUCUCCGGAACAGUUGUUUCUGAAGGUUAUGGUAGAAUGUUAGUUACUUGUGUUGGUGUUAACUCCGAAUGGGGUAAAACAUUGGCAAAGAUUACUGCUGAUGAUGAAGAUGACAAGACUCCACUUGAAGCCAAGUUGGAUGAUUUGGCUACUCUUAUUGGUAAAUUCGGUGUUGGUUUUGCUGUUGCUACUUUCUGUGUCUUGAUGGCUGGUUGGUUGAUUAAGAAGAUUUGGCAAACCAAUGUUGGUACCGAUGUUUGGUCUUGGUCUGAUAUUAGUACUAUUGUAGGAUUUGUUAUUAUUUCAGUAACUAUUGUCGUCGUUGCUGUUCCAGAAGGUUUACCAUUGGCUGUCACUAUUUCUUUGGCCUAUUCUGUCAAGAAGAUGAUGAAGGAUAACAAUCUCGUCAGACACUUGUCAGCUUGUGAAACUAUGGGUGGUGCUACUAACAUUUGUUCCGAUAAGACUGGUACUUUGACUUUGAACGAAAUGAGAGUUGUCAAGGCUGUCAUUGCAGGUGAAGAAUAUCUUGAUGGUUUGCCAGAUAAUACUGAUGGAAUGCAUACCAAGGUUGUUCAAGUCCUUUCUCACGGUAUUUCUGUCAACUCAAAGGCUUCUUUGAACAAGCCAAAGACUGGUUCCUUGAAGGAAUAUGAAGUCAGUGGUAACAAGACUGAAGCUUCUCUCUUGAUUCUCUUGAAGGAUUUGGGUAUUGAUUAUGUUCCAAUUAGAAAGCAUUAUACUGAAAAUGAUAAGAUUGAAAAGUUGUACACCUUCUCAUCUGCCAAGAAGAGAAUGGCUGUCAUUGUCAAGACUGAUGAAGGUGCUCAUAGAUUGUACUUGAAGGGUGCUUCUGAAAUUGUUUUGGGUUUGUGUACUAGUCAAAUUUUGAAGGAUGGUUCAGUUUCUGCUUUGUCCGAAUCUGAAAAGAAGAAGUGGAUGCAAGAUAUUGAAAAUAUGGCUUCUCAAGGUUUGAGAACUUUGACUUUGGCCUAUAAGGAUUUGAGAGGAAAUGAAGAUUUCGAAGAUCAAGAAGCUAUUGAAAAUGGUUCUACUUUGAUUGCUAUUGUCGGUAUUAAGGAUCCAUUGCGUACAAUGUAUCAAAUUGAUGAUAUCUUGCCAAGACUCCAAGUUAUGGCUAGAUCUUCUCCAACUGAUAAGUUUAAGUUAGUUAAGAGACUCAGAGCUCUCGGUGAAGUUGUUGCUGUUACUGGUGACGGUACUAACGAUGGUCCUGCUCUUAAGGAAGCUGAUGUUGGUUUGAGUAUGGGUAUUGCUGGUACUCAAAUUGCUAAGGAAGCCUCUGAUAUUAUUAUUAUGGAUGAUAACUUUAGCUCUAUUAUCAAGUCUGUCUUGUGGGGAAGAACUAUUUAUGAAAAUAUUCGUAAAUUCUUAGUCUUCCAAUUGACUGUUAACGUUUGUGCUUUGUUGGUUACUGUCAUUACUGCUUUGACCUCAUUCAUUAUUAGUCCACCAGCUGGUUCUCAUAGUAAGCAUAUGGAUCCUCCAUUGACUGCUAUCCAACUUUUGUGGGUUAACUUGAUCAUGGACACCUUUGCUGCUUUGGCCCUCGCAACUGAACCUCCAAUUCCAGAAUUGUUGGACAGAAAGCCAUACGGUAGAAAUGAUGGUUUGAUUACUAAGAAUAUGUGGAUUCACAUUAUUGGUCAAGGUUUAUAUCAAUUGGUUGUCCUUUUGGGUCUCUACUAUACUGGUUAUCAAUACUUGUGUUAUGAUGGUAAAUGUCUUGCUACUGCUGUUGGAGAUUACUCUGCCUCUGAAGUCAACAAUACUAUUGUUUUCAAUGCUUUUGUCUUCUGCCAACUUUUCAACGAACUCAACAGUAGAAAGAUUAACAACGAAUGGAACAUCUUCGAAUCCAUUCACAAGUCAUGGAUGUUUAUUGUCAUCUUCUUCUUCACUGGUAUUAUGCAAGCAAUCAUUGUCCAAUUCUGUGGUAGAUUCACUAACACUGUCCCACUCAACUGGUAUCAAUGGCUCGUCUGUAUUGUAUUGGGUAUUUUGUGUAUUCCAUUCAGUUACAUCCUCCGUGUUAUCGGUCGUAUCUGUGUCAAAUACUUUAAAAUCUGAUUCUGAAUCACUAAUCACUAGUUUUAAUUUAUUAAAUCUAAAAUAAAAUAUUAAAAAAAAUAAUUUCAU